ACGACGAACGCCUACUGCCUCUGUCCUCUGCCAAAGGAUUUGCACCCUGACACCCUCACCGAGUCGAAGCAGCUCCGUGGACACCCUCACCGACCCCAAAGUACACCAGAUGCCGCCAUUGCCAACCAAAGCGCUGCUCUUUUUCCUCUUCGCCGUUGCAGCCUUCGUCGGCCUAUGCGCGACCGCGAGAAAGAAGAGAAACCAGUCGGUGGAGUCCGCCGGCAGCAGCGCCACGAAGCAACUCGCGGAGACGGCUGUGUCCGCUUGGGACGCUCUCGAGAAGGACAGAGAAGGGGACAGCAGCAUGGCGUUGCCCCUUUGGCAGAGGAGGAUACUGAUGGGAGAGAGAUGCGAGCUGCCCAAGUUCAGCGGCCUCGUUCUCUACGACGAGCUCGGCCGUCCCGUCCGCAGCAGCUCCAGCCAUGACAGUCUUCUCAAGGUGAAGCCAACGCCGGCAGUGACUACGCUCAGAGACUUGCUAGUUUGAAUUCUCGAGCUGUAGGCUUGAUAUAUAUAAGCCCUUUGCUUGCAGGAGGAACUGAUGUCUCUCCCUUCCAUCUUCCUAUCCCAA